AUGUCAGAGGAAUACGAUGCAGCCAUUCACUCUACUUCUGAUGAGGUAGACAUUCAACAACCAUCAUCUAGUACAAACAACAAUAAUAAUGACAAUGACAAUGAUCAAUCAACAGACGAUACCAACACCAAAAAUGAAGAAGACGAAAACAGCGAACUAAAUCAAGAUCCUGAAUUGGAAGAAAUGAAAAGACGAUAUAAAGAGAUUGAAGAAGAGACACAAAAACUAAAGGAACUACAAAACAGUCUAGAGGCAAACGGUGGGUUUGGAGGUGACCAAGAGGAAACAGACGGAAGAUCAGUAUACGUUGGUAAUGUAGAAUAUACAUCGACACAGGAAGAGAUCUUACUCCACUUUCAACCAUGUGGAACUAUUCAUAGAAUCACCAUUUUAAAUGAUAAAAUGACUGGUCAUCCAAAAGGAUGUUGUUAUAUAGAAUUUUUGGAAAGAGAAGCGGUAACCAAUGCAUUAAUGUUGAAUGAGACUAUGUUUAAGGAUCGUCAAAUCAAGGUGACUCCAAAACGUACCAAUCUCCCAAGUUAUAUGAGAGGAGGUGGUGCACGUGGAGCUCGUGGAGGAAGAGGUUCUUCAGCUUAUGGAUACGGGGGUUUCAACGCACCAAGAGGUGGUGGUCCAGUAAGAGGUGCUUAUGGUGGAGGUUUCGGUGGUCCACCAAGAGGCCGUGGUGGAAGAGGUCGUGGUGGUGCUAAUUUCUAUCAUCCAUAUGCUUAA